AUGGAGAAAAUGGGGGAGGCUGAAAUGAGGAAGCCCCACAAAACUGUACAACAGGAAAUGAAAGAUUUAUUCAAUCAUUUUAAGGAGCCACCUCCAGGUGAAAAAUGAUUCUUUACUUUUCUAUUCAUAGCUCAAGCUAAGUUUCCAAACUAUGCCAAUCAUCAUUAUGCCAAUAGUUUAGAUUUUUUAAUUUUUGCCUUUUUAACCAUCCAGGUACGGUUGUGAUCCAGUCAUUACCAGAUCCCUGGUACUUCAAAAUUUGGGAUAUUAACCAGAAGUACCUCUUGUUAGUGGGUGACCAGCUGCUCUCAGCUCCCAGAAAUUCCAACUCACCAGGUAACAGCUCCUACCAUGUUUCUCAGUUCCUCCACCCCAGGUGGCUGGCUGUUUUCAAUGGAACUAGGUAACCUAGUUUCAGGGAGGUGUCUGAUUCAGCAGGGCUGGUCCAAGACAUUUUUCUGCCUGAGGCAAAGGACAAGCUAAUGCCCAUCCUUCAUUCCAGGCAUGGAAGUUAACUGGAUUGGUAGUUGAAUAUUUUUUUAAUGCUAGGAACAAGAUAGGAUCACUCUUCCUAAUGGUAGGGCCGGCCCUGUUGUCUUGGGUGAAGGACAAGAUAGGGUCUUCCCAUUCCACAUAUGCUAGAAUCUGCCUGGCAGUGGCAGUUGAAUCUUACUUCAACACUAGUAAUAGGGCAACAUCCUUGACCACACCCAGGGGAAAUGGACUAGCUUAGGUACACAGGGAUGUGCUGCCUGAAGUGAGUGUCCCACUUUGCCUAGUUGCAAGGCCAACCCAGUGACUCGGCAGCAUCUUCUUAAACAAGGCUCAGCAAUCCUCUUGUGGGACUUAUCCAUGGGAUUCAUGAGAGCCACUGUGAAAUGGGGAAGAGGAGAGUUCUGGGCUGAGUCUGUUCUAAUGCAAUGCCUUUAGUCACUAGUUGCAUAGGCAGGUGCCUUAGACCUAGUCAAACCAUUGCUCCAUCAUGCCCAGAUCACUGGUCCAUCUCUCUUAUUCCAAGGUUAGUCCAUCUUGUCUUACUUAUUCCAAUUGGCAGUGGUUCUCCAAGGGUAUCAGUCAGAGAAUGAUCUGUCAUACCACCUGACACAUGAACUUUUAAACUUGGAGAUGGGGAGCCUGUGCCCCUCCAGAUAUUGCAUGGACCAUUGGCCAUGUUGGCUGGAAGUUGACGUCUAAGAACAACCAUGAGAGGGAGGCACAGGUCCUCCAUUCCUGCUUCAGCUAGAGAUGACAGAUGGAGCCAGUCAAUCAGCAUUGUGCAAGCCUUGCUUCUCAUCAGCCUAGAAAAUGCCGUCUUCAUGCUACAGGAAAAGAUGUUGCAUGUGUGUUGCAACUGUGGUGAGUGGCCUCCAUAGUAGAUUCACCACAGCCUUAUAUUGAAAUAUCUUUCUGUGGCUCCCUUCUUUCAGAUCUACACAUUUGGAUAGUUAGCAAGCCAUAGCAGGAAGAUACAGCUGGCAGGGUGUUUCAAUUGGAAAAACCCAUCCAGCUUGAGAACAGCUCCCCAAAUGGAACAAAUAACUCUGAGAUUGCAGAGCGAAAGGCUGCUAUGGACUAAAAUGAGACACCAUGGACAAGAUACAAGCAGCAGGCACUGCACAGAAGCAACAAAGAACAAUGUUACAAAACAAGCCUCUAAUGCAGGUGCAGGGGAAGUUUGACCCUCCAGUUGCCCUAAGAGGCAUGGCCAAUAGCCAAGGGUGUUGAGAGCUGUUGCUUUACCCUCACCUGUUAUAAUGGUUGACAGGGAAGGUCUGUAAUUCACUGGUAGAGCACAUGCCUGCAGAACAAUGUGUGCUACCUCUGAGCUUAGCACCCAUUUUAGGAGGUUUCAAUAUUUUUUUUGUAAAAACAAUGUGUAAGAGGACUGAAGGUCACUUCAAGAUACAAAAUUGCUUGUGCGUUGUGCAAGCUCCUGUGCUAUGCAGUGGACCUCUCAUGAUAUGAACAUUGGACAUACUUCUAGUAUAGGGGUUGAGCUCCUUUCUAGAGACUUGUUCUUAUGGGUCCCUUCAACAGCUUUCAAUCUGAUUGAUGGCCUUCCAGUCACCUAAGACUCCUGUAGCAAUAAUGCUUUCUCUCUCCCUUCCUCCCGCUCUUCCUCUCUCUUUCCCUCCACUGAUCCUGUUUCUGAGCUGCUCACCUCCAGAGGGGUUAAUUGCUGUGGUCCCAGAUAAAAUUAUUGGGGAAAAAGAUGACAGAACAUCCGCCAUCUUUAUGGGUAAGGAAGAUGGGCAACGUACUUUGUCCUGUGUGGAAGUUGGUGGUCAACCUCGGCUAAAGUUAGUGGUGAGUAUCAUUUGUGCUUCAAUGUCUCUUUUGAUUCCAUAUUUGUCACCCCUAGUCUAUAUGAGAAGCUCAGCAUAUGAGGUCUUAGCUGGCUGCUCCAAGCUCAGACCACAUGGCUCUAACAAGCCUCCCUUGAGUUCCUGUACCAAUAAUUUAGGAACUUUCACCACUGUAACUAAGCCAAUUUUUACUGCCUGUGUCUUCUGACUGAUGUAUGGGAAAGCACAUGAACCUGGCCUUUGAAGUGUUUGUAAGUAAACCAAUUUUUAACUUAUUAAAUGUGUGGCCUUUGGAGGAAGAGACAAACUUUGAAGGAACUUAGAAAGGUACAUUUUGAAGGUCUAACAGUCUAUAUUUCCACCCUUUACUUUGCUACAUAUUUUGUGAUUUUAAAUUUCUGCUGGGGUUCUCUCACCAAAGAGUACUUGCCCCAAACCUGCACCCUGGCAUCCAGGAAUUCUCUUCUAAUACCUAUAUUUAUUUCCUUGCCACCAACAUAAUGGAAUUCGGAGCAGGGGUAACUUAGGCUGGCUUGUGUGAGUUCUACUGGCUUCCAAUACUUAGGAUUGCUCAGUACUGCCAUGCCUCCUUAACCCUGCAGAGGAUUUUAUGAGGCAACAGAGGGUCUCUUGUUUUGUUGGAUGAAUUUAAAUAAAUUAUUUUGCCGAUUGUUGUGAAAAUGUUUUGGUUUUUUUUUAAGGGAGAAAAAAUUAUGGAUCUAUAUAAUAAAAAACAGGAAUCCAAGAACUUCAGUUUCCUCUGCAAGACUGCCAGCGGCAAGGAGACUGGCAGCUUUGAAUCUGUAGCAUUCCCAGGAUGGUUUCUUAGCAGUUCGCCGGAGCCAAACAAGCCUAUUGGUUUGAGCCAGCAAGGAGGUGCUGAGAUCACUGAAUUUUUCAUGGAAAAAACAAAUAAAGGGGCAGGAGGUGCUGUUGCCAUUCUAUAG